UGUUUUUUUUUUUUUGGAAGGUGGAGCUCGGCGUGGACGGGACCCCCCGGACUCGUUGUCGGUGCUCGAAUGGACACGGUGCGGGCGCCUAGCCGCGCGUCUGCCUUUUCGGGGGCCUCGGCCUCCUUGCGGCGGACCGGGAUUUGAUCUUCUGUUCCCUGCUCUUCUCCACACCAGCGGCACCACCCCCCCCCCUCCCCAUCGUGGACAUGCCGCAGACCUGAGCGGGUCUGACCGCCGAGCCCUCACUCUGCCUCUCCUCCGUUCUCCGGUGCUGCCCCGACUCUGCCCCGGCCUCGCAGCUUCUAUGAGUGCAGCCUUCAGCCCGCCGUCCCUGAUGAUGAUGCAGCGCCCCUUGGGAAGCAGCACCGCCUUCAGCAUCGACUCCCUCAUAGGCGGGCCGCCCCAGCCCAGCCCGGGACACUUCGUCUACACCGGCUACCCGAUGUUCAUGCCGUACCGGCCGGUGGUCCUGCCGCCCCCGCCGCCACCCCCGCCGCCCCCCACGGCUCUGCCGCCGGCACACCCCCACCACCAGAUCCCCAGCCUGCCCGGUGGCUUCUGCUCCAGCCUGGCGCAGGGCAUGGCGCUCACCUCCACGCUGAUGGCGACCCUGCCGGGGGGCUUCUCGGCCUCUUCUCAGCACCAGGAGGCGGCGAGGAAAUUCGUCGCGCAGUCCAUGUCGACCGAAGAGAUGCGACAGGAGGGAGACGACGGCAAAGGCUACCUGUCCAAGGACACCUCGGUGAUGUCGCCCUUCCAGGCGUCCGAGGCCGUGCAGUCCUCUUUAGCCAGAGCUCACGGCAAAGACGAGGCGAAAGAGGACGAGAGCCAGCGGAAGGACGAGAGCUUCUCCAUGGACAGCGACCUGGACUACAGCUCGGACGAGAACCCGACGGGCCCCGGCGCCGCGUGCCACAAGGACGAGGGCGACGGGCACAGCGGCCAGGAGGAGAGCGGCCACGGGGCGGGCGGCGCGGCGGCGGGCGGCGCGUCCCAGGGUGGCAAGAACCGGCGGCGCCGGACGGCGUUCACGAGCGAGCAGCUGCUCGAGCUGGAGAAGGAGUUCCACUGCAAGAAGUACCUGUCCCUGACGGAGCGCUCGCAGAUCGCGCAUGCGCUCAAGCUGAGCGAGGUGCAGGUGAAGAUCUGGUUCCAGAACCGGCGGGCCAAAUGGAAACGCGUCAAGGCCGGCAACGUGAACUCCAAGACGGGCGAGCCCUCGCGGAACCCCAAGAUCGUGGUGCCCAUCCCGGUGCACGUGAGCCGCUUCGCCAUCCGCAGCCAACACCAGCAGCUGGAGCAGGCACGGCCCUGAGGGCGGAUUGUGGGCUGGGGUUGGGGGGUUUGGGGGG